AAGUAAUUCACGUAUAAAUGAGCUCCACCUUUGCUGAGAUUAAUCCUGCUGUGGUGGAAUUGCUUGGGCGCAGCAAACAAUUCACACUGAUCAGCUGCUUCUGAUCAGAUCUUAAUGAACGAACAGCUAAUCUAUCGAUAGAGCAACGAGAUGAUGAUGCGAUUGUAUUUGCAGAAUAAUAUGGGCGAUUGAAUUUUAACAAACAGGAAAAAAUAGCGACUGGCUGCAAUUCAUUCUUAGUAUAAUACAAUUAUUUGACGCGCAUGCGGGUAUUUAAGCACCCUUAUUAAUUGUAGCUAAGGAUGGUUCAUUUACACCUUCAUUUAUUUCAAUUUAGGGGCAAGUUUGAAAUCCCGUUCUGUCUCACAGCGUCCGGUUAAUCUGGAGCCACAUGGUAACCCCAGAUAAGUACCAAAUUCAAAUUAUUACUAACAACUCUAGCCUCCACGCUCCGUAUUAGGGAAGGUGUAUUGCGUUUGUGCUUUCGUUUAUCUGUUAUCUAUUGUUACAACCACGAUGACGUGUGUGUUUUAAACUAGUAAUUCGAAGGACACGCCCUUCGCUUCAGAUGAAAGGACUCUGCACGUGAUAUGGAGAAGGGGCAGUAAAGUGAAAGCACGAGCGAGCACGGAGCCCUUUCCAACUACAGCAGCGGUAGAGGAGAGUUUGAGAGGUCGAGAAAGGGAAGUGGGGUCGCUCCUUUUUUUCCUUUACCAAAGCAAUGUGUUUUUCUUGAACUGUUUUACUGGAGUCCAGAGCAACAGUGAAUGCAGCGGACAGAGAUAAAUUGAAAGACGGAGUUUUUGGGGGUGGAUAAGAACAUAAUAAAGUUUACAAACGAGAGGAGGCCAUUCAGCCCAUCAACCAAACGAGCCAUCUUCAGCACUGCCCGUACCACGAGCAGGUCCUUACAGAGAACAAGACAGGAGCGGCUUUGUGCAGAAAUGGCAGCAAACACUUCUCCUCUGGAAGCAGAUCUUUCCUGUGCUGUGUGCUGUGAGAUUUUCAAGGAUCCUGUAACUCUUCAUUGUAACCACAGCUUCUGUAAAGCAUGUCUGGACCAGUGCUGGAAAGAGAAGACAGCUCUGGAGUGUCCCGUGUGCAGGAGGAGGAGUUCAAAGGAGGAUCUUCCACUCAAUUUUGCUCUCGGGAAUAUUGUGGAGUCCUUCUUAAAGGAACGCAGUCAGAAACCUCCAGCAUCUACUGGAGUACUCUGCAGUCUGCAUGAUGAAAAACUGAAACUGUUCUGUCUGGAUGAUAAAGAGACUGUCUGUCUUGUGUGUCAAACUUCAAAGAAACAUGAGAAUCACAAGCUCCGUGCUGUUCAGGAGGCUGCACAGGAUUAUAAGGGAGAACUCAAGACUGCGCUGAAGCCCUUGCAGGACAAGCUGGAAUCCUUUAAUAAAGUUAAAAACGAGUGUGAUAAAACAGCAAAGCACAUCAAGAAACAAGCCGAGCAAACAGAGAGGCUGAUAAAGGAGGAGUUUGAGAAACUUCACCAGUUUCUACAAGAUGAAGAAAAGGCCAGGAUAGCUGCACUGAGGAGGGAAGAGGAACAAAAGGGAAGAAUCAUGAAAGAGAAGAUUGAAAAACUUACAAGAGAAAUCUCAUCCCUUUCAGACACAAUCAGAGUGAUAGAAGAGGAGAUGAAAGCUGAAGACAUCUUCUUCCUGCAGAAGUACAAAGACACACAGAGAAGAGCCGAGUGCACACUGCAGGAUCCACAGUGUGUUUCAGGAGCGCUGAUAGAUGUAGCCGAGCACCUGGGCUCUCUGAAGUACAAAGUGUGGGAGAAGAUGCUGGGGAUUGUUCAAUACACUCCAGUGACUCUGGAUCCCAACACAGCACACCCUGUUCUGCUACUGACUGAGGAUCUAACAAGUGUGAGAGACAGCGAUGAGUGGCAGCAGCUUCCUGACAACCCAGAGCGGUUUGAUUUCUGGCCUUGUGUGCUGGGCUCUGAGGGGUUCACUUCAGGGAAACACUGCUGGGACGUGGAACUGGGGGGCAAUACUAACUGGGCUCUGGGUGUGACUAAAGAGUCCAGCCAGAGGAAAGGGAAAUUCACCUGGAACCCAGAAGCAGGAUACUGGGUUAUAUACCUGAAGGAGGGGGAUCAGUACAGGGCAUGUACCUCACCACGGACACGAGUCACUGUGGAGAAGAAACCCCAGAAGAUCAGAGUUCAGCUGGACUGUGACGGGGGGGAGGUGGCAUUCUUUGACUCCAGUGAUAUGAGAAAACCUCUCUACACUUUUAAACACAGAUUUACUGAGAGAAUGUUUCCAUGGUUCUGUCCUGGCUCUGCCACCCUCAGAAUGCCUCCUGUGAAGACAGUUAUAAAAGUGGACUAGCCCAAUGUGUUCAGCAUAAACAAUAGGGAUGAAUAAUAAUAAUCUAUUAAUAUUGAAAAGGAACGGAAACAUUUUAAAUAGAAAAUGAUGAUCAAAGUGACAAAUGUAGAGAUGUUUAGAAAACUAUUUAAUAUAUUCUGACAGAACAUGUUCACCCUCCUCCACCCCUCUCCCUCGUCACGUGACGCGGGUGUUUGGUUUGAGCUCCUCGAAUCCAUGUAGAAAUACAAUUACAAAAACUAGAACAUGAACUGGUUAAAGAACAACACUGAAUAAAGAAUAUGCAUUCUGGAAUAAUAUUCAAUUAAACACAAUGCUCUAUUGAUGUGUUAUACCAUCUACAGCUUUGCAAGCUCUGUAAAUAAUAACUCCCUCAAUGCUGAAUGAAUGAAUGAAUAAUGAUUGCUGGGCUGGUCCGCGGCGUUGCUGAAUCGAUCAGGAUAUUGUAUCAUUUAAUUGGUAAAUGUAUCGCUGUAAUAACUUGGAAGCUGCACAUUGUGAUCGUGUGGAUGUGUGUCUUUUGUGGCCGCUGUGAAACGGUCCCGCAAAUCACUGCUCCAGGAUCACAAAGGAUCGGUUCACUGCCCUCCCUUUGAUUUAAUGAAUGAUUUUUUUUUUAAUAAUAAAAAGUAUAUAUUUUAAUUUGGACCUCGUGUGGGGUGUCUGUCCAUCUCCGUGUGGAUCUCGCUCACAGCAGCUGUGUGAAGGAAUCCGAAAGCAUUCGCAUACGAAGUUAAGGGAGUACUGACAGGUCGCUGCCACCAGGGGGCGCAGUGCGGUUAGGAAAGUUAGUGAGGCUGCGCUUGGCGGUGACGCGCGUCUCCAGGUGUAGAGAAGCCACUCCGUGGCUCAUCAGUGAAUGUCUCACGGCUGUGUUGAAGGGUGAAGACAGCGACAUUAAGAAGCAGAACAAGACAUUGAGGGCCUGUACCCCACUUUGUGCGGCACGCAUGAAAUCCAUUGGAAUCGCUGUGAGAAGCGGACCAGGGUGAAGAGCGAGCAUUUAAACAAGCCUUAAGGAAAGACAGAAGUCACAGGAGAAGAGUCAUUAUCUGAAGAAGCUCAAUAAUACAGUAAACUGUAACAGAAUAUUCCCUGUUAGGUAACGCAGUGUACCGACGCGAACGAGAAGGAAUGAGCAUCGCGAGGGUGUGACUGAACUCGAGUGUAUCGAUUGAGCGCAGCUUACAUACAGAGCGAUUGCAAAGCAGGAAGCGGAAGGGUUAUUGCAGAUACACGGCGCUGAACACGUGGUCUCGUGUUAUGACGUGUUGUCAGUAAGUAUCGCUUGUUAAGGACACGCAUACCCUGUAGAUAGCGACGCCCUUUCAGCCGUGCGGGUCUGCAGCUAGCAUGUGCAAUGAAGGACAAAUACUUAAACAAAAACCUGCCUGCUUCUGCCUGAAAGAAACCAGAAAGACAAUGAAAAAUGAAAAAGCCUGGCCCCAGAACCACGAGGUUAAUAUUGGGUUUUUAUUUGAUAUGUUAUUUUAAAGCAAUUUAGGUUUGUUUUUACAAGUAGCGCGAAAUAAUAACAACAGAUCCACAAAAUAGCAUUAAAGAAAAAACUAAUAGAAAAAUAAAGACCAAAAAAUAUAACUGAUCAAAAACAACUUGCAAAAUUUAGACCGUGCAAAAAUAAUAUUUAAAAAGAAAAUGACUCAAAUACCCCGAGGUGAAAAUCCACAACAACACAAACACUACUUGGAAUCCUCUUUCUUCUAAAAAGUCACUUACAAAAUA